GGCAAAGAUCUUUGAGAUCUUACUUUCCAUGUGACCAUGACAUAAAAAGAGGAAAAAAACCAACGACGAUGCAUCAUAGAAAGGACCAAAUUUGAGGUACAAAAAAGAACUAUAAAGAAUAAUUGCUAUGCAUAAAAAGCCAGCCGUGAUGUUUGAUUUUCAAUGGAGGCAUCCUAUAUUUAUAGGAAUUUCCAGCAUAAGGUUGAAACCUCCGGCAACAUCUGGUCCUAAAAAGAAAGAUGAUGCGGCAACUCAGAACUUUUAUGAGAUCCCAAAGAAACUGAAGUGGGAAGACUUUGUUUCUCGCAGCUCCAACCACUGGCAAUGGCAGGUAUCAGUGUCUGCAUUGUUUGAGGAGCGGCCUAUAUGGACAAGGGAUUCUGUAGUUCAACGACUACUUGAUAAAGGUCUUAAAUGUACACAUCAUAUGUUAAACAGGUUUCUGCUCAGGGCUGCGUAUUAUUUCUCCAGUGGUCCGUUUCUUAGGUUCUGGAUUAAAAGAGGCUAUGAUCCACGGAAUGAUCCUGAGUCUCGUGUAUAUCAGAGAAUGGAAUUCAGGGUUCCUCCUGAAUUACGGAGUUAUUGUGAUGCCAAUGCAACUAACAGCGCAAAGCCAAGCUGGAACGACAUUUGUGCUUUUAAGUUAUUUCCUUUCCAAUGCCAAACGUUUCUGCAGUUGUUUGAACUUGACGACGAGUACAUCCAGCGAGAGAUAAGAAAGCCUCCCAAGCAAACUACUUGUAGCCAUAAAUCAGGAUGGUUUUCUGAAGCUCUGCUUGAUACUUUGAGACUCCGUGUAGCUGUGAGGUUUGUGUCUGUCUUCCCUGAGCCAGGUUUCGAGAUGUAUUUAAAUCCAUUCAAGAAGAAUUUGAGAGGCUCUGAAGACAUGGAAAAGUGUAAAAGUGUAAACGAAGAUGUUGAUGCUAAUGUUAACGAGGAUGGAGAUGAUGAAAAUCUGGAUGACGAAGAUGAAGAAGAAGAAGAAGAAGAAGAAGAAGAAGAAGAAGAAGAAGUCGAUAUGGCUGCAGGAGACAAUGAGAUAUCUCUCGGUUCCCAUGGAUAUCUUGAUACUGAGAACAGCUCCAGGACGUAUCUGCAAGGCUUGUUCGAUAGUUUUCCAACCAGUGAACCUGGUUUAUAUGGAGACUUUGCUGUUGAUGAUGGGAGUGAUGGAGAGUUUCAGAUAUACAAGGAAGAAUCUGAGGGAUUAAUGAAAGACGAAGACAGGGAAGCGAGAAUCGAACAGAAGAAGAAAAUAUCCGAGAUUUUCAAAGAUUUUAUGACAGGAAUCACACAGCUUGAGGAACUAGGGAAUGCUGCAAACAACUUUCUUCUUCGGUUUCAGCAAGGACUAAGUUUUCUUCAACGCCCUCCAAUGGUUACUUCGUCUAAGUUGAUGGAGAACAUUAUCAAGAAGAAUGAAACAAGACGGCUUAAAUCAUAUAUGGAAGCGGGAUGUAUUCACAUCCACGAUGCUGCACAAAGUACAAGAGCUUUGCAUACAUCCCUAUCUGGACUUUCUGACCACCUAAUCAAAGCCAAAAGCUUGUUAAUUGAGCUUGAGCGUCUCACCGAUGAAGCAGCCCUUGCCAUUGAGACUGCCACACAGUUUUCCGUACAGCUAGAUAAAUACUCAAGUGAUGAAUUGCAACAAGUAACGUGUGAUGAGGAGAACGAGACUGCACAAUUACCUCAAGGACCUGAAGUUCUAGAGUACGCUGCACUUAUCGCAGUUAUUUACAGUAUGAUGAAGCAGAACUAUGCGAUGCAGGAAAAGAUUGUGAGAUCGCUUAGUUUGAAGUCAUCAUCUGGUGAGCUAGAGAGUUACAGUCUGAUGUGGUCAUUGCGUCCGUUUGUAGAAGAUGAGAUUGUGAACAGUGCAUGGAAAUGGAUUUACUAAAAAUAUUUUCAUCCAAUUUUUUUGAACAGAGCAUGACUUUGAAUUAUCUUUACAUAGUCAUAAACCAUUACUCAAGAAAUACCGGAAUAAGAAGUGCAUACAUCC